UUCACAAUGUUCACAUUUCUGUCGUUGUCGAAUUUAUCACGAGAUAAACACAAGUUUUAUUAACUUUUUUUACUAAAUAUUGCCUGGAUAUUCAUUAAAAAAAGAUCACAAAAAGUCAAAAUUCGCAUACGGAGUGGAAUUAUUAAUUUACAAUUUGUGGAAUGUUGGCUGUACCGUCCGAAAAUUCUGACUCGGAACAGGUGUUUUUGAAAGAAAUGUGUUGCAGUUCCCAACGUUAUUAAUUUUUAGUGUCGUGAAUAAUAAAAAAGUGUAUCGAUCCGCGUCGGCCGGAUUGCACAGUCGCUCGUUAUUUUGGCUCGGAGGGACGAACUGGACUUCGCUUGGCGUUCGUAAACAAUUGAUAGAGAUAAAGAAGGACGCCACUCUUGUCUCCGAGAAUCAUUCACAUGAUGAGGUGGUUCGGGCCGACGGCCGAGAGGUCCAGCUAGGGGCUAUGGUGCAGCAUCUGAGCGAGCAGUGGGUGAUGACCGCGGGCGACCGGUGAGGUGGCGCCGUGGCGAGGAUGCCGCACCAGUUCGGCGCGGGCUUGGGCGGCGCGGUGGGCGCGGCGGGGGGCGGGUCGCCGCCGCCGCAGCACGGCGCGCUGUUCCCGCGGUACGCGAGCGCGGCGGGCCCCGGCGCUGGCGCCUACCGCCCCGAGGAGCGUCGCCUCACGCGCGAGGCUAUGGAGCGCUACCUGCGAGACCGCGCCGACAUGGUCGUCGUUAUACUGCACGCUAAAGUCGCGCAGAAGUCCUAUGGCAAUGAGAAAAGGUUUUUCUGCCCACCACCCUGUAUAUACCUAUUUGGUGAUGGCUGGCGGCUGCGGCGUGAGCGCAUGCUGCGCGAAGGCGAGACAGAGCAGGCGGCCCAGCUAUGUGCCUUCAUAGGUAUAGGAAACUCUGACCAGGAUAUGCAGCAGCUUGACCUGAACAAUGGGAAACAGUACUGUGCAGCUAAAACCCUGUACAUAUCAGACUCUGACAAGCGAAAGCACUUUAUGCUAUCAGUUAAGAUGUUCUAUGGAAACGGACAUGACAUUGGUAUAUUUAAUAGUAAGAGAAUUAAAGUAAUAUCUAAGCCUUCUAAGAAGAAGCAGUCAUUGAAGAAUGCAGACUUAUGUAUUGCAAGUGGUACUAAGGUAGCUUUAUUCAAUCGUCUAAGGUCACAGACAGUGUCAACUAGAUAUCUGCAUGUAGAAAAUGGGAACUUCCAUGCAUCAUCAACGCAGUGGGGAGCAUUCACAAUUCACCUGCUGGACGACAAUGAGAGUGAAUCGGAGGAAUUUGCAGUGCGGGACGGAUAUGUACACUAUGGGUCCACUGUGAAACUUGUCUGCUCUGUGACAGGCAUGGCUUUGCCUAGGCUCAUAAUAAGAAAGGUAGACAAGCAAAUGGCUCUCCUAGAGGCCGACGACCCAGUCUCCCAGCUCCACAAAUGCGCGUUCUACAUGAAGGACACAGAGCGCAUGUAUCUGUGCCUAUCACAGGAGCGAAUCAUACAAUUCCAAGCAACGCCGUGCCCUAAGGAACCUAAUAAGGAGAUGAUCAAUGAUGGAGCUUGUUGGACCAUCAUCUCGACAGAUAAGGCAGAGUACCAGUUCUACGAAGGCAUGGGACCCGUCAGGUCCCCAGUGACGCCGGUACCUCUUGUCCACUCCCUCAACCUAAACGGCGGCGGCGACGUCGCCAUGCUAGAACUGGCCGGCGACAACUUCACACCAUCGCUACAAGUGUGGUUCGGAGACGUGGAAGCGGAGACGAUGUACCGCUGCGCCGAGUCUAUGCUGUGUGUGGUGCCGGAUAUAUCGCAGUUCAGGGGGCAGUGGCUGUGGGUGCGGCAGCCUACGCAGGUGCCCGUGUCCCUGGUCCGCAACGACGGCAUCAUCUACGCCACGGGCCUCACGUUCACGUACACGCCCGAGCCCGGCCCUCGCCCGGCCUGCACGCCCGUCGACGACGUCAUGCGCCCCGAGGCCGCCGCCACGGCCUGGCAUCACGAACCGCACGCGGGGCAUCCUGCGCAUCCGGCCCAUGCGCUGCAGUAAGCCUGUUGCCCUUUGCGACGGCUGCGCCAUGAACUCGGUACGUGGAAUAAAGCAUCCGUCACAAAGGAUCGGCUGAUAGCGCGUUCUCUGCGGGCUUGGCCGACCUGCGACACGGCCAUCCUGCCUGAGUGCGACCCGAGGUGUACGACACCAAGUCACCAACCAAAGAAUCAAGAUAGAAUUCUCGAUUCGGUGAGUGAAUUGCGAACAUUAUAAAGUCCAUACCAGGUGUUUUGUUAUAUUUGGUAAACAAUUAAAAUGCGCAUUUUCGGGCUUAAACACUCGCAUGGUAUAUAGGGCUAGCACGCGAUUCGUAGCGAUGUUGAGCGAGUGACAGCUAUCAGCGCCAUAUACAUCGUUAACGUUCAAAUGUGCUGCCAUUGUUGCAUAUUCUUGCGAUUCGCGACCUGUUUUAGCGAACAAAAUGCAUUUUUAUUUAUAAAAUUGUUUACCAAGUAAAACGCGUAAGUGAUGUAAUAUUGGAUGGACUGUAGUUAGUUUCGAUAGUGCCUAGAAAGCUUUAUUAUUGAUACGGAGUGCCACGUCGAACGCUUCGCCGACUGUGAAACGACGUGCCUCUUUUGUAAACGUUUUUUUAUUAAUUAUUAUCGAGAUUAUCACACCAAAAUCAUAUGUUAAGGUCAGAUUAUUUCUGUGAGACUCGGUCGAGCUAUUACUAUAAUUUACUUACAGUGCGUCAGAUGUUACCACAUGUUUAUGGCCAAGGAAGAGAUAUCAAGACCUGAACUAUGUUCUAACACCUCAGGUACUGUAAAUAGUGAUGUCAUAAUAAGGACAAAGCUAGCGAGACCAGCUCAUUAAACCUAGUAGGUAGACAUUUAGAGCGAUUAAGAUAUUUUCUCGCAGCUAAUAUGCAAGACAACUUUGUCGCUUGUCAAUAAGACGCUACUGAAGAAAAAUGCAAUUAGAAAUUGCCCUUUUUGACAGCCGACAAAUUGUUACUUUUGCCCGAGAACACAUCAAUCGUCUAUAGAUUGUGUCUCGCUGACUUCAAUGUGUUCUUUGUCUAACGCACCCUUUUACUUAUACAAAGACGUGUCAACAGGCAUACUAGUAACGUGUAAUCCAAGCUUAGCUUACAUUAUGCCAAUAAAAAAGCUGCUUGUAUAUGGAAGUUAGUUCCUACACUGGCAUUUAACAUUUGCCAAUAUAAAAUUAAUGAACGUAUCGAAACGUGGAAGAUCUCUGCUCUUAGAUUUGUUUCUUCGGGGCCAAAUAGCUGUAAUCCAUGACAAGUCAUUCAGUAUGUUGUAACGAUUUUGAUUAGUAUUACAUAAUUUUAACUUGUGUUGACGGUGAUAUGUGAUGGAAUUUUAAAUGUGCACGCUUACAAACUUUAUAUCUAACAAAAUAACAACGCGACGCCAAAUAAGUUCAGUUAUAUGAGUUAGGUUAGUUUAUAUUGUCUCUGCACAAUUUGUUUCAUUCAAAAUAGACAAAUCAACUAUAGAUCGGAACACAAGCGGAAAAUAUGCCGUGGAGCAGUUUCAGAACAACUAACUAGAUUGUUAAACCGCAAAAUUUAAUAAUUGAUAAUCCAGUUACCUUAAUUCGUAUGGCGCCACACGGCGCAAUCUAUUUAGUUUGGCAACAUUUUCCCACUGUGUGAGCUACAGUGGCGGAUUUGCCCUAAGGCCCAGUAGGCUCGGGCCUAGGGCGGCAGUCUAUAUGAUGGGUGCUGAGAAAGGGGCGGCUAGUAGUUACUGGGGCAUUCCGGUAAGUUUUUCAUCUAGUUUUUUUUUUAACAAAAUUCUUUAUUUAUGCAAUGUCUAAGUGUAGGGCAAAGUAUUGGCGUAUUUUGCAUGCGAAUCGCUUAUACGAAAUAUUUGCUUUAAUUCCGAAUUACUUUGUCGACUUGCUUAUUGUAAAAGUAAAUUAAACAGUUUAUUAAGAAAACAAGCAGCUUUAAGAUGAUACCAAUAUUACACUAUAAAAAGGCAAGCCAAAAAAGAACCAGGCUCGGAAAGUCGAAAAAAAUGGGUCCGAAUGUCCCUUACGUAACGAUGGAAUGCCCCUACUACGGGGCCUGGGGCCUAGGGCGGCAGACUUCAAAUCCGCCACGGAGCUACUGUAGUUGUUAUGUCUAUGACUCAAGUCAAUUCUAACUUCGCUUUAGUUACUGCUAAGAUGCUUUAAUAAAAGAUUGUUGUAUACAACCUCAAAGACGCCGGAGUUGCAAUAUUUGUCAUUAGUGCACCGAAUAUCUCAUUUUACGGCAACCGCUAGUUAUAAAAUGCUCUAAGAAUACUUGUAUUAGAUUUUAAUUGUAAUCAGUUUGUUAAAUUAUUUGCACCUGCCUAAGGGCUCGCAGCAAGCUGAUAUGGCGUUAUGUAUAAUAAAAUAAAAUAACCGAGACUUUAAAGAACAAAUAAAUAGUUAAGCUAGUUUUAGUACAUAGUACAGUUUCGUAUUGUUGAAAAACACAAAUUGAAAUUAUAUUUAUUUUUAAUCCAAUUUAAUUAUGUAGGAAACUUGUGUGGAAAAAUUCUGAUUCGAUGUGUAUUACUAAGCAAAAGUGUGAUUUCCAGCAUUCCAUUCGGAAAGUGUAAUAUUGAAGUACAAAAAAUAACAAUAUUUUUGUAGCACAACAUUUGAUUAUCGAGAUAAUUUUAUAGAAUUGGUCGUGCAGUAUUACAAAUACGUUAGAGUUAGAGAUUGGUAUAAUUAAAUAAAUACGUCGUAAUUACGUCAAUUCGUAUGAGAUGGUCGAUUGUCUUUUUAAAAUGCUGUUUACUCGUGAGUUUUUAUCAUUUUACAUUUGGUAAUUAUAUAUUUGAAAAUUCGUGUUUAAACGAACUGCUCGUGUAUAAUAAGUACUCACUAUGAAUCGAAGCGGUGGAUUUGAAAUAUGAAUAUUUUUAAUAAAACUGAAUUUAAAUAAAAA